AUCACCGGUCAUCAAUGGUUGGUGAGCCUUCAUUUUUCCCCUGUAUAAAUAACGGUUCUCUAAACCAGAAUAAUUCGUCGAGGCAAAUCGGAGUUCAUUGUGUAAACCGGAGUGUUCGUCUCUGAAUUCAAGCAAGCCAAAUCUAGAAUGGAGACCUUCCUCUUCACCUCAGAGUCAGUCAACGAAGGUCACCCUGACAAACUCUGUGACCAGAUCUCCGAUGCAGUCCUCGACGCUUGCCUUUCCCAAGACCCCGACAGCAAAGUCGCCUGCGAAACCUGCACCAAGACCAACAUGGUCAUGGUCUUCGGCGAAAUCACAACCAAAGCCGACAUAAACUACGAAAAAAUCGUCCGCGACACCUGCCGUUCAAUCGGAUUCAUUUCCGACGACGUCGGUCUCGAUGCCGAUAACUGCAAAGUUCUCGUAAACAUCGAGCAACAAAGCCCCGACAUCGCUCAAGGUGUCCAUGGCCAUCUCACGAAACGCCCUGAGGAAAUCGGAGCCGGCGAUCAAGGCCACAUGUUCGGUUACGCCACCGACGAAACCCCAGAACUCAUGCCUUUAAGCCACGUCCUCGCAACCAAACUCGGCGCCCGCCUGACCGAAGUCAGGAAGAACGGAACCUGCCCGUGGUUAAGACCCGACGGUAAAACCCAAGUCACUGUCGAAUACUACAACGACAAAGGAGCCAUGGUCCCAAUCCGAGUCCACACAGUUUUGAUCUCAACCCAACACGACGAAACCGUAACCAACGACGAGAUCGCAGCCGAUUUAAAAGAACACGUAAUCAAACCCGUCAUUCCCGAGAAAUACCUCGACGAGAAGACCAUUUUCCAUCUCAACCCUUCCGGUCGAUUCGUCAUCGGCGGCCCCCACGGGGAUGCCGGUCUGACUGGUCGGAAGAUUAUCAUCGAUACCUACGGUGGUUGGGGGGCACACGGAGGCGGUGCUUUCUCGGGUAAGGAUCCUACUAAGGUAGACAGGAGUGGGGCUUAUAUUGUUAGACAGGCGGCUAAGAGUAUUGUUGCGAGUGAUCUUGCAAGGAGGUGUUUGGUUCAAGUUUCCUACGCAAUUGGUGUGCCUGAACCAUUGUCGGUAUUUGUCGACACUUAUGAAACGGGGAAGAUACCCGAUAAGGAAAUUCUGAAGAUUGUUAAGGAGAGUUUUGAUUUUAGGCCGGGUAUGAUUUCGAUUAAUCUUGAUUUGAAAAGAGGUGGGAAUGAUAGGUUUUUGAAGACGGCUGCUUAUGGUCAUUUUGGAAGGGAUGAUCCUGAUUUCACUUGGGAGGUUGUUAAGCCACUUAAAUGGGACAAGCCUCAAGCUUAAGUAAAGGAGAUUCUUACCAUCAAUUAUACUCCUGGUAAUGACUAAUGAAUAAUGUUUGGUUUUAUUUGAUUUGGUUUGGUUUUCACUUUGGAGGAAACUGAAAAGUAAUAUGUUUUUUUUUCUUCAUUUUAUAUAAUAUAGUAUGAAUUGUAAUA